AUGGCCUCCUCUCGUAGAGGGCAACCCUCCCUCUCCGUUCGAAUGCCCUCCAACCCGCCCCCCGACCGCCCCCCGAUCGCCGCCCUCUUCCUCAUCCACUUCGACGUCAAGGCCGGCUACACCAUCGUCUGGAAGCAGUCUGCUCCCGGCGUCGAGCUCGAGGGACUCGUCGAGUACAAGUCCCUACCUUCCGGCCUUCACACCGUCUCCAACGACCUCAUCUACUUCGUCCACGAUGGCGGCCAUGCAGGCCUCAGCGCCUUCAUCAACAUGCCCUGCGAUGAGGAGGAGGCGCGGCAUGCUAGAAUGAUUGCCGUCGGCGUCUUGGUACCUCUCAGCUAUGGCCGCCUGGGCCGCGCCUGGAGGCAUGCCGAGGUGUUGAAGGAGAUGGCUGCUAAGCUCGCUGAGGAUCGCAAGGACACCGGUGUACUUGAGGACUACUGGACUGCAAACAAGGAGAAGCCCGGUCAGGUUAAUCGGCGCCUCUCUGGCGAGACACCUGUGAGCUCGCCUCUAAUGCCUUCUGAGCCAUUCGGUCGCAAAGGCCACGCCCGCAACCGCUCCGCGUCCGAUGGCACCUCCGUGGUCCCCGCCGGCCACAGGCUCUCACCGUAUCAUCCUGCCUGGAGCCUCACCAGCCUCUUGGAUAAGUUUGGUCCCUUAAUAUUCCCCAUUCAUCGCGCCGCCUUGUUACGGAAGCGCAUCUUAAUUUCGUGCCAUGCACCGGUCCAUGAGAUCUGUGAUUUUGUAUAUAACAUAUCUGUUCUCUCAAAUAUCCCCCUGUCCGUCACGGACAUACUGCCUAGCGCAUCAUCGACUCAACGCCUAAGGCCCCUCUUCUCUAUUGGUGUUCAUGAUAUUCCUUUCCUCAUGGAGGACUUUGAGGCAUCGAAACGCGAGCGCAGCACCGAGGAUGCUGUCGAUGAUGAGUCCGGCUCCGGCUGGAUUGCCUGCACCACAGACAGUAUCCUCGCCAUGAAAGACACCCUAUGGGACAUGCUCAUCACCAUCCCCCCAGACUACUCGUCCAAUGCUGCAGAACGGGUCUGGCCCCUCGUGGAGUUUCCUCGCGGCCAACCCGUCAAGGCCACCCAACGCGACCUCCGACGCUUCACCUCUCUCAAGAACGGCCUUGAGCGGCUCUCCAUGUCAACCCCGAACCUCGGCCCCGCCCCGGAGUCCCCGCACUCAGACACUUCGGCCGUGCGCCUUUCCAACCAGUCGACCCGUGUGGUCCGGGACCCUCGUGACGACGGCGUCGAGGCGAUUGUCGAGCCCUUGACUUGGACUGCCCUCGCCUACAACGGCUACAUGUGGUGGGCCAGCGCCGGCGAGCAGCUGCGCUCUGAAGAGCAAGAAGAAGCAUCCCGUGAUGCCGCCCUACUCGCCGACCUCGGCCCUGGUCCAAUGGCCAUGCCCAGGCCAUCCUCCCGCUCCGAACCCCUUACCGACUCCCUCUCUUCACUCGCUGCCACCCGCCGUACUACCUCUGACGAAACCAGCGAGGCGCGUAUCGAGCUCGCCAUCAUUGCCUACUUCCACCGCCUCACCACCCAGAUCAUCUCCGUUCUUGGUGACCUCGCUGACAGCCAGGAGGGCCCCUACACCGAUGGCGACGACGAGGACGACGACUCCUCCCCGCCCUCUUCCGCCGAGAACACCCCCCUUCAUCCGGGAGAUGAUGAUCUCGAUGACGCUGACGCUAUCCGUGUCGACACCCACGCCGUGGAGAACAUGGGUCUCGACGUCUGGAGCAACGGCGACGCCCUUUUUGUGCGCGAACUUUCCACCCAGUAUUUUGGACGGUCUGCCCGGAUCGAGAGCAAGGGCGUCGAGGUGUGCGGUGUGAGGGUGUGUUGA